AUGGAAACAAUGAGUUAUCCAAUGGGUGGAGGUGCCACCAGGCUGUACAGCACCUUGGCUCACACCCUUAGCAGUAGCGGUGGCAGCAGUCAUCGUGUUCCCCUCCCUCUGGCUCACUUGGAACGCUACCAGCCAGCAGACACAAACCUGGAUCCUGAUUUGUGCCAGGGGCAAAAGGGCUCCUCAUUGAGUCCCCUCGAUCCGGCUGAGGUUCUGCGGCAGUGCAAGGAGGCCCUCAGUGACCGUCCGCCGCGCUUCCGCAGGACAUUCAUUCAGCCCUCCGACAGCAACGCCGGCACCAUUCGCGUGAUGCAGUGGAACAUUCUGGCCCAAGCUCUGGGCGAAGGACUCGACAGUUUUGUGCAGUGUCCUCCGGAGGCUCUCAACUGGUCCCGAAGGAAGUACCUCAUCUUAGACGAGAUCCUCACCUACCGACCUCACGUCCUGUGCCUGCAGGAAGUGGACCACUACUUCGACACCCUGCAGCCGGUUCUGGUCCGUUUGGGUUACAGCAGCCGAUUCUGCCCUAAACCCUGGUCGCCGUGUCUGGAUGUGGAGGGCAACAAUGGCCCCGACGGCUGCGCGCUCUUCUUUGAUGAGUCACGUUUUGAGCUUUUGGAUUGCGUCAGCUUACAGCUCUCUGCAAUGACGAUACCAACAAAUCAGGUUGCCCUGGUGAUGAUCCUACGUUGUCGAAUCACAAUGAGGCAUGUGUGUGUAGCCGUGACCCACCUGAAGGCCCGGUCCGGCUGGGAAUGGCUCCGCAGUGCCCAGGGGUCGGAUCUUCUUCGUCAAAUCCAAAAUGUGGUCCAGACACACACGGUCAGAACAUCAGCUGGCUCAAGUGUCCCGAUCCCUCUGAUCAUCUGCGGUGAUUUCAACGCGAUCCCGACAGAGGAGGUGUACUGUCGUUUUGUCACAUCUCCUCUGGGUUUGGACUCGGCUUACAAAAAACUCAGCCAAGAUUGUUCGACGGAACCUGAGUUCACGACGUGGAAGAUUCGCCCUACGGGGGAAUGCUGUACCACUCUGGACUACAUUUGGUACAGUCAGGACACGCUGAGGGUGGACGCCGUCUUGGACAUGCCGUCGGAGGAAGAGAUCGGUCCGAAUAGGCUCCCGUCUUUCAGCUAUCCUUCAGACCACCUCUCGCUGGUUUGUGACUUCAGCUUUAAGGAGGAUGAGUGA